AUGAAAAGUAAUACAAUCUUAAUCUUAUAAAGGAUCGAGAUUUAAUUUCUAAAGUGCUGCCGAGAGAGGUUUGGCUAAAGAAGACAAGUUUGUUCCAAAUUAAGUAAAUUAGAAUGAACCUGAUAUUUUUUUUCCUCAAUUUAUUCUCCCUCAUCAGUCUAAUGCUUUAAAUUGUUCAGUCUAACUAACCAGAAAAUAUAAUGGUGAAAGUUGUCCCGAACAAUAAGUGAAAGUAUUGAAUGAAUCUUAGAUGACGAAAUUUAUCUAACCACUAAGGGAUAGUAAAAUAUCAGCAGUUCAAGAUAACUAACUAAAUACUCAGCAAUCUAUUCAAUUUUAAGAACUUAGUGAUGAAAAUCUAGGAUUUUAUCACAAUUUCCUUUAUGAAUAGUCCACUGAAUAAAAUCUUGAAAAAAAAUUUUGCUUAAACUAAAGCUACUUUUCUUAGAAUUAAUUUUACUUGAAUCAUUCACCUAAAAAGCGGCAAUAUUCUUUUCAAAAAAAUUAAAAUUUAAAAACUUUAGAAUAUACAACUGAAAAGGAAGAUCCAUAUGAUGUGGAGGAACACAUGUCAUUCACACUGAAAAACAAUAAUUCAGUGCAAAAAGUAUUCAAAAAAGAUGAACAUGAAGCUUCCAAAGAUUCAAAAUAAUUUUACUAGACCACUUAAAACUCUUAAAACUAAGUUCAGUUAUAAAUCAAAACAAAUAAAUUUAAAACCUAUUUUUUGGUUGUUAGGGCAAUAUUUAGAAUGAUGAUAUUAGUGAGGUAAGAUAUAUUCAUAUAAUAUGCUUUAGACCAAAAAAGAAAUUGUGGCUAUAGAGUUAGUAAUUAUAUUUUUAACUAAGCAAAACAUUUAAAUUUAAGGAUAAAUAAGUCUAGAGCAAAAUAAAGCAAUGGACUCAGAUAUCCUUAACGAAAGUUCUUUCUGUGUUAAAAUUUUAAACACUUAAAUAAUGGAAUUUUAUUGUAAUAAUUUUAUUAAAAAUAUAGGAAGGCAAUCUCGAAGAUUUCUAAAAAGACUUAGCUAUAACUAACUUUUUAAAUUUAUGCUCUCAUCUUAUUUCCAAUCUUGAAAUCACAACGCAGUCUCAUACUUUUUUACCAGAGCUUGGAUAUUAAUCUUAUUUAGAAUAAUUUGUAGAAUAUAGACAAUCAUAUAAUAUAUUUGUAACCAAAAGAACUAACUAUCUUUAAAAUAAAUACUCUAAAAUAACACCUAAAGAAAAGGCAAUGAUAGCUACUGAAUGCGUGCUUAUGAAUACUUUUAUCCCAAAUUUAGUCUUGCUUACUGAAAACAAAAAAAUUUUCAAUUCGGAUGAUUAAAAUAUCUAAUUUUUAAUAAGAGGAUUUAUUAGCAUUCUCCAAUAAUUGUUUAUAUCAACUUUUUCAGACCUUCCAGAAGUUAAAAAGCCUAAUGCUUAAUUUUAAUAUUAGUAAAUGCAAAUAGGAAAAAAUAAAUUUGGAAUGAUUUUGGUUCCGAUUGAAACUGAUAUAGAAGAGUUUUAUAAAGGAACUUUUAAAAGCGAUUAAUUAAGAUUGAUAUUCGAAAGGAGAAGUUGGUAUUCUAAUUUAGUGAAAAAAUUUAAAAAAGUAGUACAAAAUAUAUACUAACAUAAAAUAAAUGAUAUAUGA